GAAACGUUUGCGGUGUGUGUGAGAAUGAAAAUAUGUGUGUCUGCGCAUCCGGCGGUCCCAACACCGAGACCACUGUUUCCCGGAGUGUGAAUGUGUGUGAACGUGGGGGACCUUAAAAGAAGAAGAAGAAAAAAAAACACUGCAAUACUGCAAAAAAAAAGCUAUUAUUUCUUUAUUCUUUUUUAUAAAGAGGAUAAAACCAAAUUUUCAGAGCAUCUCAGAGUGUCCUGCCGCAUUUGGUGAAGUUUUCUGUCCCCUCCCUUUCUCCUGCAUCUCCUGCAUCUCCUGUCGCAGUACACUAAGCCCAAGGAACACUGAGUGCCUAGCUGGAGAUCAUGAAGUGGAACCUCUUUAAAAAGAAACCAGAAGCCAUGGUGGGUCCUGAGCCCACAGGUUUGGGGGGAACACACCCACCAAGCACCAUGACGAUGGCCCCUGGCCCUGCUCUCUCCACUGCAGCAGACAACGCUACAGAGUCUGGAGGCUCUUCCAUGGAUGACAUCUUUGAGAAGAUCAGGAACAAAUUCCUUAAUGAGAUUGAGACAAUCCCAUUGCCUCCCUGGGCACUGAUCGCGAUUGCCGUAGUGGCGGCUCUUCUCAUCGUCACCUGCUGCUUUUGCAUCAUCAAGAAAUGUUGCUGCAAGAAAAAGAAGAACAAGAAAGGAAAGAAGGGCAAGGAUGGCUUCAACAUGAAGAAUAUGCAGGGUGCAGAUAAACAACAGGACGACGACGACGAGGACGGAGAGACCGGUUUAACUGAGGAAGAGAAAGAAGAAGAGGAAAAGGAGCAGGAGAAACUGGGCAAGCUGCAAUAUUCUUUGGAUUACGACUUCCAGGACAAUAAGCUGACAGUGGGGAUCUUACAGUGUGCUGACCUGAUUUCAAUGGACUCUGGAGGAACCUCUGACCCUUACGUUAAAGUCUUUCUCCUCCCUGACAAAAAGAAGAAAUUUGACACCAAGGUGCACAAAAAGACACUGAAUCCUGUAUUCAACGAGACUUUUGUUUUCAAGGUGCCCUAUCAGGAGCUGGGAGGAAAAACUCUGGUUAUGUCUGUUUAUGAUUACGAUCGUUUCUCCAAGCACGACAUCAUUGGUGAAGUCAAACUGCCCAUGAACACAGUGGAUUUGGGACAACCCAUUGAGGAAUGGAAAGACCUGGAUAGUGCUGAGAAGGAAGAGCCAGAGAAGCUUGGUGAUAUCUGCAUUUCACUGAGGUAUGUCCCCACUGCCGGUAAGCUGACUGUCUGCAUUCUGGAGGCCAAAAACCUGAAGAAAAUGGAUGUGGGUGGAUUAUCCGAUCCAUAUGUGAAGAUCCAACUGCUACAGAAUGGCAAGCGUCUAAAGAAGAAGAAGACCACAGUGAAGAAGAAUACGCUGAACCCGUAUUAUAAUGAGUCUUUCAGCUUUGAGAUCCCACUGGAGCAGAUGCAGAAAAUCCUCGUGGUGGUCACCGUCUUUGACUACGACAAAAUCGGUAAGAAUGAUGCCAUUGGAAAGCUCUUCAUUGGCAGCAAGGCCUCGGGCACAGAGCUGAAGCAUUGGUCUGACAUGCUGGCCAAUCCACGUCGCCCUAUCGCUCAGUGGCACACCCUGAAAGAGGAAGAGGACAUAGACGCCACACUGGCUGGUCUCCAUGCCAAGAAGUAACUUCACCGCUCUACUAAUUCAACUAAUCAACUAACCUCCCUCCUCAACCCAUCCAAACCCAGCCACCACUGCAUGAACACGGACCAACCACUGCCCAUACCUACUCCGAAUAAUGUUCAGAAUAAUGUACUUGAAAAAGUUAACAUUGCUGAAUGUGAAAACGCCAUGUCUCCCCAAAAAAACGGUUCAUCCUGUAGUGUACUGUGUACUGAGUGGAAGCGUGGUUGAAGGAGACAAGUUUUGUCAUUCCAAAGCAGAGGGAUAUUUGCACAUAUGCUUUCAUUACAUAGACAUGCAAUCUUCAUCUUCUCUGGUCAGUUACCAUCAACAAAGCAAAUUGAUUCAAUGAAAUAAUAUCAUUGCGUGUAUAUAAGAGCAAGAAAUUGCUUAAAAAAUCUGACUACCUGAUAAAAUAUAAUGAAAUAAUACAGUAAUAACAUAUAUAAACAAUUAUAUUAUAUUCUAUAUUUUCACACCUUAUGUAUCAAUAUUUAUAGGUUUCAGUAAAUGAUGGCUAGCCUUGACACUACAAGGCUUUUAACUGGUUCUCUGUGCUGGGAUUUAAGGCAAUAUAUACAAGUUACACAAUUUAACGAUACACUGCUAGCUUUAUAUUGCUCAUGAGAAGUAAGGUACGUCCAAUGAAAUUGUUUACAUGGUGUAUGUAAAUUCUUACGGCUGCUAGACUCGACUUUAGCUUUUAGAAAAUCUAAAGGUUAAAUGUACUUUUGAGACGAAGGAAGAACCAGGGCUACUGUUUUUAUCUAUCUAUCUAUUUAUUUAUUUAUUUAUUUAGUUAUUUAGUUAUUUAUUUAGUUAUUUAUUUAGUUAUUUAUUUAUUUAUUUUUGAAAGCAUUACAGCUAACAUGGUGUGCUACCUGUUGAAAAACAGUCUAAUAACACAAAAUUAAUAAUAGUAGUAUACACUAAACCUAUACCCUUUAAAUCUGAUUUAGAAAGGAUUAGAUAGUAGAGAUUUUUGUAAGGAUUUUACCAGAGAUUAUCCUGGUGAUAUUGCCUUAUUCAAUAAGGACUAAAUUUACUUAUAUUAACAUACCAUUUACAAUCCACUUGAACUGACCAAGAACGCUUUAUAAGAACAAAUCGAUUGCCAUCGCCGAGUACGGCCAUUAAUUUACAGAAGCUUCAAAUCCAUUUUCCAUUUUCUUGAUUGGUGUAAUAUAUAUAAUGACACAAUUUGAGCCUCUGAUUAGUUCACUGCCUUGUUUGUUUGAAGGAAAUUUGCCUACAAUCCCAGACAAACCCAUUCAACGCCAUUCAGUCAGAAAACAUUUGCCAUUCGAAAUGCCAAAGUAAUAAAGCAGGUUUAAUAUGAAGGGACGCAGUUCACCUGAGAUUCGACAAACAUUGUCUUAUCUCCGUUCUUUUAUGUUAGAAAUCGAGGUGAUAGGCAACACUUAGUUCAAUCCAUUAACGGCCACUUCUUUCCCUCUGCCCUCCCCUAAUUGUGCUGUACAUAUGCGUUGAUAAAACUUUGUUAAUACAGCAUGUGUCUAUACCUUGAUGUACAUAGAAGCAUGUUUUGAAGAUAGAGCAUAUAUUGUGUAUGUGUGGCAUUUGUCAUUUUGAUAAUAAAACGUAGAGGAAAAAUACAACGACUGCACAUUUUAUUAAAUUCCCCAAAGCGGGUAUAGGAAUUACUGUAAAUCUUUAGCUGGAGAUUUAAAGCCUUUCAGGUUACUUUAUUUUUCUCGGAGUGUUACUCAGAGCUGUGUGCAAAUUUUGUUUUAUUCAAAUGUGCCAUAUUUAUUGUGGUUGUGUUUUGUGAUUUGAUUGUUGAUUUGUGAGCUUUGUCAUGCUUUCUUUAUGGUCAUUUGAUGUCCAAUCAACAUUUCUUUGUUAUUUCUUUUCUGUUUUUCUGUCCGAUACGUUACGUUAUGUUAUGUUCUGUUAUGUUAUGUUUGUGAAUACAAUGCUAAAUUUUA